GCAACACUUACCGUUACACCCAAGAACUCUACCGUUAUUAUUUAGAUAUCUGGCCUUGCUAACCACCCCCCGGCGAUAGGUAAGGUUUUGCCUGUGGAAGCUGUUUGGUUUUCCCGACGGACAAGCCGCCUCCCCCAGGGCCCCGGUGAGUCCAACCAGCGAACCCACCAAGCCCGCCUGUCUCACUCGUCUAUGCAUCAUACACCUGCUGGUUCGUUAGAGUAGUUGGCUGCGUGCCGGUACUUUCUUUUCCCGCCGUAACUGACUAGCACUCGCUGGUCAUCAUAAAACCGACCAACCCCCCGAACGCGCAUGACCGGCUGAAAUCCGGAAGAUGCGACACUUCUGAACUUGCCCCUUUUCCAUCACGAAAACAUAAUCACUGCGAACGACGAUAGCGAUGAAGAUGAAGAUAAAGAUUGCCACUCUCACCCUGGUCGACGGACUGGUUUUCGCCGCCGCCGCCGGUGUAGCGCUUGCCCAGUCGACUGGCCCUACAAGUAGUAGACCCCUGCCACCAACAUCUUCCGCCCUCGACGGCCCACGGUUUACCCCCACCGCCGGCGGAAACGUGUUAACAGCUUCAAUCGUUGGCUCGGCGCGCUCCAACACAAUCGAUGGAGCGAUCCUCAAAACUAUCGUCGACGACGGCGCGGCGCAGACGACAGUAGUUCCCGCGGCGACGGUAGUGGUGCCAAGCGAGAAUAGUCGCUCGGCGCGCCUCACCACGCGUGCGUUGGACGCUCCAGAGCACAGCGGCGAAGCCACUACCAUCUUCAAUACGGUCCCGGAACAUUCCAAACGCAAAUUGCCGCCGGUUGCACAGAUACUUGGCUGCACUUUCGCCGGCCUGGCGGUCGUCACGGCCGUCUACUGCGUUUCAUUCUGCCGGAAACGAAAGAAACUUGGGCGUCUGCGGACAAUCACACAGGAUCCAUUACCGGGGCCGGAUGAAAAUCCUAGGCGGGGCGAAGAGACCGAGAAGCUGCCGGAGGGGGUGGAGUCGAUGCCGCUGGAAAAGUGCGGGGAAACUGACCUCCCUGUGGCUGUGCAUUCGGUGGAGCUGGGUGGCAUAGAUGUGACCGCGGUUGUGACAAGAGUUAGCAAUGCUUCGGCGACGGAUCAGGAAGCCUUUCAGUGGCAGGCGGAGGAGAGAAACUUUGAAGUCCAGGAGAGGGCUAGGUCACUGCAGGAGCUGAAGAGGUUGCGGGAUGAUGACAAGAUGCGGAAGCAGAGUGAGGUUGACGAUCGGUUGAAGAGUCUUUAGGCUGGAGUCAGGUUUAUAAAGGCAAGAUGGUCGUGUAAUAGAUCAGGAAGUAUGGACAGUCGUGGAUAUGCAACGAAAUGCGACGAAGUCUUCUACCCUCGCCGCUAGAUACUCCCGCCCCUACUGCCGAUAGCUAUAAGAGAUGAUUCCACGGAGUAGAAAUGGUACUGGGCGAAGGAAGAAGUGGGAAUAUCGAGUAAUGUGUAUCGACCCUUAGAAUAGAAUAAGAAGGAGCAAAGGUACAGAAUGCCCGCGGUGGAGCUAAAACGUUACCCAG